AUGUGUGUGUUCCUCCUGCAGCUGUUCGAGGUGGUGAAUGCCAGCGCUGUGUCGGGGGGGCUGCUGAGCUGGGGGGAGUUUGUUCAGAGGAUGGAACAGCUGAACUCCUUCCUGCUGAGGAGGAGCGACGGCAGCCGGAUGCUGAACCACAGCUCCUUCAGGGAGUGGCUGAUGUGGAGGGAGGAGGGCCAGGACCCCCGCUUCCUCUGCGAGCCCAGGAGCGGUCACACCCUGCUGGCCUUCUGGCUCUGCAGACGGGGGGGGAAGCUGACCCGCCAGCAGACCCUGGAGCUGGGGCACCACAUCCUGAAGGCCCACAUCUACAAGGGGCUGAGUAAGAAGCUCGGGGUUUCCUCCUCAGUUCUGCAGGGGCUGUGGAUGUCCUACAGCACCGAGGGUCUGAGCCCCGCCCUUUCAUCUCUGAGAAACCUGUACACCCCCAACAUCAAGGUGAGCCGGCUGCUGGUGAUGGGGGGGGCAGACGUGGACUCCCGCAGUGACGUGCUGAACAGCGCCCCCCUGCUGUGCGUCCACGCUCACCUGGGGCACAGUGACGCCGUGGCUCUGCUGCUGGACCUCGGAGCGCAGGUCGAUACUCAGUCACAUGACGGCCUCACUGCUCUGGGAUUCGCUGCUGCCGCCGGACACAUGGAAAUCGUCACCAUGCUGAGUCAGCACAACGCCAAGGCGGGUCACGUGGACGGUUCAGGACGAUGUGUGUUGGUUCUCGCUGCUCAGCGCGGUCGUAUCGCUGUGAUGCGUUUCCUGCUGCGCCGCGCAGACUGGAGCUGCACUUCCUGCUGCAGCCAGAAGGGGCCGAGCAGGAGAAGAGCUCUGCAGCACGCUGUGAGCGCUGCUGCUAGCAUGGGACACACAGAGAUGGUGUCUCACCUGCUGGAUCUACCUGAGGAAGAGGAAGAUAAACCUGAGAUCAACACAGCUGACAGUCUGUGGGGAGAGACAG